UAAAUUAAAAUAAAAACCUAAAAGGUUCCAUGAACCUGAUCACCCUCAGUUCUAAGUCGAAAUCUUCCAAUUCCUUCUCCUACCUCGCUGUGAAUGGCGCUGGAGGUGAUAGUGGGCAUCUUAUCGGCGAAGGAGCUGAAGAACGUCAACAAGCAGCAGAGCUCCUUCGGGGCUAAAGCCGUGAUCUGGGUGGACCCAAACUACAAAUUCUACACCAGUGUGGGACCCAGUGGCCAAACUAGUCCCAAGUGGGACGAGAAACUCGUUAUCCCUCUCCUCUACCCUCUUGACUUCUCCACCACACUCUUCGUCCACAUCGUCGACGCCAAUUCACCCCGAGGCACCAAUCCCCUGAUCGGUUUCGCAAGGCUCCCCCUCAAGGAGAUCCUCAAUGAUGUGGGUUAUGGAAAGUAUCACCGCCGGACCCUGCAGCUCAUCCGCCCAUCAGGUCGUUUGCAGGGGAAACUUGACGUCGCUAUUUCCAUCCGUAACUCUUGCUAUCGUGCACCUAACCGGUACCAUGCGGUUCGUGUUCGUUCCUCUGCGCCACCUGCCCCGCAGCGGCAGGCAAAGCCCUAUGUGUCGGCAGGGUACCCACCUAACAACCCUUUACCCUAUGGUCAGACGGAAAAGAAGAGCAAGAAUAGGAAAGGGACGUGGUUGGCUGAAGGUGCCGUUGCAGUAGUACUAGUUGUCUCUCUCUCAGUAGUCUUGGCUCUCCUCUCUUACUUCUCAGAGCAAGAGAAGCAGCAGCAGAUAUCGUGGAGAGUUCCUUUGGUAUUGAAAAUAAGCAUCUACUCGGCAAAGAACCUCAAUAAUGUCAACUGGCGGCACGGACGCCUCCAGCCUAAAGCCGUCGUCUGGAUGGAUCCAAACUUCAAAUCCUCCACUAGCGUCGACUCUAGUGGCGACACCUGUCCUGUGUGGGACGAGACACUUGUCAUUCCUCUUCUCUCUCCUCUGGAUGACUCCACCACACUCUUCUUCGACAUCGUCCACGACGACAAACCCCGCGACACCAAUCCCUUGAUAGGUUUCGCACGCCUCCGCCUGAAAGACAUCCUCGAUGAUGUGGAUUUUGGAAAGCCCCUUCACCAUACUCUGCAGCUCAGUCGCCCAUCAGGCCGUCCGCAGGGGGAACUCGACGUUACUAUUGUCGUCCGCGGUUCUCCCUAUCAUGCGCCGGUGGUCAGGGUGGAGAAUAGUGAGAAGGAGAAGGAGAAGAAGAAUAAGAUCGGGAUGGGGACUUGGUUGGCUGUAGGUGCGGUUGCAGCGGUGUUGGUUUCGCUGGCAUUUAGUGGAAGGUGUUGACUAGGUGGAGGACAAGCUAGGUCACCUUCGGAGUUCUUGCAGAGUGGAACAAUGCAGUACAGGAGUCCUCAAGAAUCAGAACUACAUGGAUUGUAUCAGGGCUUGUAGGAAGUGAAAGAACUGGGUGGACAUGCAUAAUGGAAUGGAUUGAUUGUCAAGAGGUGAUAUGUUGGCUGAUGCUGGGAUCAAGGAAGGGAUGGCCAUGGGAAAUUUUUACUUUGACAUUUCAAAACUGAUGGAAUCUUUUAUUUUUGAAUGUAUAACGAAAAAAGAUAGACAAAUAAUUUUCCAUUAGGUCUUCAGACCGAACACCUACAAUCUUUUUUUUUUUUUUUUUGGUUCUGUCCUUUAUGUUGAAUACCUCUUUCUCUAGAGUUGAAUUCAAAAGAGUUAUAUUUUUUUUUUGCAAUUACUUCCUAUUUUGGGUGGUUAUUGCGUGGUUGUUGCAUAAUAGAGUCAUGUUUUCUGAUAUUAAGUCUGAUCCAUUUGACAUAAUGACUUUGAUCUUCA